AUGAGUUUCACAUCUGACGAAGUUAAUUAUCUCAUUUACCGAUAUUUAUCAGAAUCAGGAUUUGUUCAUUCAGCUUAUUUAUUUGGCCUUGAAAGUCACAUUGCUCAUACAUCAAUUAAUGGCAAUAUUGUACCACCAGGUGCGCUUCUUUCCCUUAUACAAAAGGGUCUCUAUUAUACCGAAGCUGAAUUAUCCAUUGGUGAUGAUGGACAAGAACGAACAUUCGAUAAUUUAAGUUUAAUCGAUGCUGUUGUACCGGAAAUUAUUGAAAAUCGUCGUAAAGAACUUCAGCAACAGCAGCAGCAACAACAACAACAACAAACUGCAUUAUUAUCCACCGGAACAUCUUUAAAAACCGAAGUAAAACCUUCAUCUCGGGCAACAACUGUUUCAUCGAAUGCUAACGAUAAAGAACGUUCGCCAACACAACAACCAACAAAUACAUCACCACAAUCAGCAAAUCCCACAAUAACUGAUCGAACGAAUAUUGAAUCAUCAGGAAUGAAUGGUGGAAUCAAUUAUCGAGAGCCGUCAGCAAUGGAACAAGGUUCAUCGUCUUUAAGACCGUUUAAUUCAGCAAUAACAGGACGUUCACAUUCGCCAGCAACAGCCCAGUCCCAUUAUUUACAUAAUCAUCCGCCAUCAUCCGCAUCUCAUUUGAAUACAGUUCAAUCAUCAGCAUCAGCUGGUAAUUUUUCUCAAAUGUCAAAUGGAAAUGAUAACAAUUCACACAUGUCCUAUAGCAACAGUAGUAAUCAUAUUGCUGUACCUAAACACGAACCUAUGGAUUAUGAAACCAGUAAUAGCGCCCAUCUUCAUCCAAAUUAUUCAAGAAAUCCGACACCGAAUUCAACAUCUGUACAAACUGGUUCAUCGAAUAGCCACAAUUUAAUGACAAACGGUACUGUCGAGAUACCAGCGAAUCGUGUAACUGUAUUGCGUGGUCACGAAUCUGAAGUAUUUAUAUGUGCAUGGAAUCCUACACACGAUUUAUUAGCAUCCGGUUCAGGAGAUUCUACGGCACGCAUUUGGAAUUUACAAGGUUCACGUGAGCCAGAAAUGAUUUUAAGGCAUUGUAUUCGACGUGGUGAUACACAAGUACCAAGUAAUAAAGAUGUGACAAGUUUAGAUUGGAAUCCAUCCGGUACACAACUAGCUACCGGCAGUUACGAUGGUUAUGCUCGAAUAUGGUCAUCCGAUGGCAAUUUAGCUAGUACACUUGGUCAACAUAAGGGUCCAAUAUUCGCCUUGAAAUGGAAUAAAAAAGGCAAUUAUAUUCUAUCCGCCGGUGUUGAUCGUACAACGAUUAUUUGGGAUGCGAAUUCUGGCCAUUGUGAGCAACAAUUUGCUUUUCAUACAGCACCCGCACUUGAUGUUGAUUGGCAAUCUGACAUCACAUUUGCAUCAUGUUCAACUGAUCAGAAAAUUUAUGUUUGCCGUCUGGGUGAAAUGCGACCUGUUAAAACAUUCCACGGACAUCAAAAUGAGGUCAAUGCAAUUAAAUGGGAUCCACAAGGCCGUUUACUUGCUUCAUGUUCAGAUGAUAUGACAUUAAAAAUUUGGGCGAUGACAAAAGAAACACCUGUUCACAAUCUACAAGCCCACAAUAAAGAAAUUUAUACCAUCAAAUGGAGUCCAACAGGACCCGGCACUAUGAAUCCAAAUGCAACAUUACUUCUUGCUAGUGCAUCCUUUGAUUCAACCGUACGUUUAUGGGAUGUUGAACGUGGUGUUUGUCAGAGUACACUUAUUAAACAUUCAGAACCGGUUUAUUCCGUUGCAUUUAGCCCUGAUGGUCGUUUAUUAGCAACAGGAUCAUUCGAUAAGGCUAUUUAUAUAUGGGAUAUAGCACGAGCUGAAAUAGUCCAUAGUUACCGUGGUACAGGUGGUAUUUUUGAAGUGUGUUGGAACAGUCGAGGCACACGUGUAGGUGCAAGUGCAUCCGACGGAACAGUGUGUGUACUCGACCUACGAAAAUAA